AUUUAUCUGAUCAUUAUUUUUUUAUUCUUGCCUACCCACCCUGGUCUGAACACUUAGUGACCCUUCCUCCACUUUAAAUGCCACGGCAUCACAUACCAUCCCGAUUGCUCGAACGAGCACUCACAGGGGUUAUCAGUGAUGAUGCUCCAAAUGUGGAAUUGGCCAAUGUUGGGAAGCCCACUACUAUACCAUCAUCCGAACAAACCGACAUGCUGGACAUUGAGGCUUGCAUUGACCAACCUGACCUAGCUCCCCUUGGUCGGCAUGUUGUGAAAGAAAGAAAGCAUGGAAAGAGACAUCAUGAUCGAUCGUACCGACAGUCCCUUCACCGAUUCUUAUUAUCCCAAGAGGAAGAUUCGUCGGUUGGAAACGUUAUUAUACAAGACUUGACCAUAGACAAUACCUCUCUCCCUCAUAAGAAGCUUGGAACAUCCAGAGAUACUGGCUCUACUAUUAUGUUACGUCGUAGGAGACUCAACACGAGCGAGUUGGAGUAUAAAUUAGCUUCUAUCACGAAAACGGGGGCUUUGUCAGCAGACUCCCUUACAGCCGACACCACGACGAAAAUUCCACUGGAUCAAAGCAGCAGCGGUUACUCCAAUGUAAAGGAGCUGGAUGUUUCAAGAAAUCAUAUUGCCAAUUUGCCUGCAAAUAUCACUCUGUUUGCUUCCCAGCUUCGUAUUUUAAACUUAUCAAACAACCUUCUCACGAGUUUUCCACAAGAGAUACUCGCCUUCCGAAACCUGGAGGUCUUGAUGCUUUCUCAAAACAAAAUAUCAGGUCCAAUGCCAGAAGAGCUACCUCUAUUAAUUCCCAAUCUGAAAACCUUGCGUAUCAGUGCCAACUUGAUUACAGAAUUACCGGCCACUAUCAGCAAUUGGCGUAAAAUGAAGAGUCUCGUUCUAGGAUCUGUGUUUGGUGGUAAUCUUAUUGAAAGUAUCCCGGAAGAUUGCAUCAGUGCGAUGCCAUUGGAAGAAUUGGAUUUGUCUCAUAAUCAACUCAAGAGCUUACCCGAAGACUUUGCUGAAGGUGCAAACUUAAUGGUUAACCUAAAUCUUUCAGACAACCAACUGGAAACACUUCCAAGAUCGAUUGGAUUGUUCAGGAACCUUAAAAGCUUAAACCUUUCCAAAAAUCACCUUACUAGCCUACCCAUCGACCUCGUCAAUCUCGACAAUCUCGAUAUUUUGGACGUUAGCGAAAACCUUUUAUGUAUCCUACCUGGCGAUAUCCUGGAAUUUAUGCGAAAAACUACGCUGAUGAUCACUGGUAAUCCCCUUUCAAGACCUGGCACAUGUGAUCUCAAAGCAUUAGACACUGCACCAGAUAACUCAUACAUGAAGAUAAUUCGGAAAAUGUCUCAGAGAGCUGUAGCAACCAGGAGUAAUGUUGUUGAAUACGAACAAUGUGGCCCUAAUGGCAUGGGAUGUGAAAGUUCUCCGAAUUCUCUUAUGUCGUCCCCAUUAUUAUCGCCCCACCUCAUGGAUGAUGACGCAGCCAUCGAUCAUGAAUUAGCAUUCCACGCUCGUCAACUCAAUAUUGGCGGUUCACGACCCAGCACCCCUAUCAAUGGAUCUACAGCUUCAGACUAUUUUGUCAACGAUAUGGCUGGCUUGUCAAGAUCUGCCAGUCUACCAGUUCCACAAUUAAUGUCCUCUUCGUCAUCCACAUCAUCAUUAUAUUCCGCCCUCACAGAUUCCGAUGGUGAACAAGGUACUAGUCCAACAUCACUUGGUGAUGACAUGAUAACUUCCACCGUGGCCUCACCGGAUGAGCCUAAGCUACCUGUCCCACAACUCGAUUGUGAAACUGCACCGCGACUAGUAAAUUCUCUAAGAGAACUGGCCUCUCGGUCAGUCUUUAUGCACAAAAUACCAUUCCGCCUUGAUGAUAUACCCGAACCAAUCCUUUCGUAUGUACAACCUGGAGCGGCUCGACCAUGCGCACAUUGUGGCAAGCCUUACGUCAAGGAAUGGCUAUCGUCGGUUCAAGUUAAGAGCUUUCGUGGCCAUCCAGCAGUCGUACGAAGGGUUCGGUUUUGUUCUGAACGCUGUUGGAAUUACUGUGUAAAAGAAGACCAAGAUAUUGAUAUUGAUCUGGAAGAAGCUACCUCUCAAAUUACCGAUACAGUUGUUUGUGUUAAUGGCCAUCCUCGACCAUCUGUAUGUGCUUUACCUACCGAUUCUGAUACCAUAGCAUAGAACAAAUUUUCAUUCGAUGCAUGCCAUAUUUAUGACCAUCCUCCAUCGUUGACUUUCGAUGCUCAUCUAUAACCUCCAUUCCUCUUUGAGAUGUAAUAUAGACUUGUACCAUACCCUUUCAUUUGCUAAUAAACAUACCAGACUUGGCUUUGAAAAUGA